ACAAAUGAAUAUAACACCAGUGAGGACUGGGGGCUUAUCAUGGACAUAUGUGACAAAGUUGGAAGCACUCCUAAUGGAGCAAAGGAUUGCCUUAAAGCCAUCAUGAAGAGAGUCAAUCACAAAGUUCCCCACGUGGCUUUGCAAGCACUGACACUUUUAGGAGCCUGUGUAUCAAACUGUGGGAAAAUAUUUCACCUAGAAGUAUGUUCUCGUGACUUUGCCAGUGAAGCUCGAAGUAUAAUUAAUAAGGCACAUCCAAAAGUAUGUGAAAAGCUAAAAACUCUCAUGGUGGAGUGGUCAGAAGAAUUUCAGAAAGACCCACAGUGUAGCUUAAUAUCUGCAACUAUUAAAUCUUUGAAAGAAGAAGGUGUCACUUUCCCUGCAGCUGGAUCACAGGCUGCCACAAAUGCUGCUAAGAAUGGCUCAGCACUGAGCAAGAACAAAGAAGAUGAAGAUAUAGCUAAAGCUAUCGAAUUGUCUUUGCAAGAGCAGAAACAGCAACAAAUGGAAACUAAAUCCUUGUACCCAUCUGCAGAAAUCCAGCAGAACAACCAGAGCUCCAGGAAGGUGCGAGCUCUCUACGACUUUGAGGCCGUGGAGGACAACGAGCUCACCUUUAAAAGUGGAGAAAUUAUUUUGGUGUUGGAUGACAGUGACACCAACUGGUGGAAAGGUGAAAACCACAGAGGAGUGGGGCUGUUUCCAUCUAAUUUUGUGACUUCAGACUUAAAUGUGGAACCUGAGGCAGCAACUGUGGAUAAAAAUUCUCUUCCUGAGGAUACUCCAGAAGAAAUAAAGAAAGCAGAACCUGAGCCAGUUUAUAUAGAUGAGGAGAAGAUGGAUAAAACACUACAGGUACUUCAGAGCAUAGAUCCUACAGAUUUAAAGCUCGAUUCUCCAGAUCUCCUAGACUCAGAAGAUAUUUGUCAACAGAUGGGUCCAAUGAUUGAUGAAAAAUUAGAAGAAAUAGAUAGAAAACAUUCCGAACUGUCCGAACUGAACGUGAAGGUUCUGGAAGCUCUGGAGCUCUACAACAAACUGAUGAAUGAAACCCCCAUGUACUCUGCCUACUCCAAACUCCACCAUCCUGCACAAUACCCACCUACAUCUUCUGGUGUCCCAGCACAGUCGUAUCCUGUACAGCCACCUAGUGGAAACUACAUGAUCCAGGGUGUUCACCAAGUCACCAUUUCCCCAGGUUACAGCCUAGGGCCUGAUCAGAUGGGGCAGCUGAGGUCUCUGCCACAAAGUGUGAACUCCUCAGGAGCAACUCAGCCAGCACAAGCUGCCUAUUUAAGCCCGGGACAGGACCCCGUGUUGAACCAGCCCUACGGGAGCCAGAGCCCUGCCGUGCCCCCCGCGGCCGGCACGGCCGCCUACGCCCCGCAGCAGAUGGCCCUGCCCGUGGAGAUGGCAGCCUACCACAGCAGCACCACCAGCCUGCCUCAAGGACCAGCUUACCCCCUGGCUGUCCCUCCUCCCCCCGUUCUCCAGCAACCCACGAGUUACCACCAGCAGCCUCUCCUCUAG